AAUGUCUCGGUAUUAUCUAAACCUUGAAUGCGGAGCUUUGUUUUCCGCUCCCCGCUCUCGUGUCCUGCAGCUGCAGUCCUCCCUCACUCCUUGCCUUCACAUUAACUUGUGGACGUUAUUCUUGGCAACAAACAUGGCUACAGCUGGAAAGGUCAUCAAGUGCAAGGCAGCAGUAGCCUGGGAGCCCAACAAGCCUGUAGUGAUUGAGGAGAUUGAGGUAGCCCCACCUCAGGCCAAUGAGGUUCGCAUCAAGAUUGUGGCCACCUCGGUGUGCCACUCAGACCUGUACCAUCUUUUCGAGAGUAUGCAUAAAGAUGGCUUCCCAACUGUCCUCGGCCACGAGGGAGCCGGCAUCGUUGAGAGCGUGGGGCCUGGAGUUACGGAAUUUCAGCCAGGAGACAAGGUGAUUCCUCUUUUCCUCUCUCAGUGUAAAGAAUGUCACUUAUGUAAGAAUCCCAGGACCAACCAGUGUGAGGUAGCAUGGACCAGGAUUAAUCAGGCCAUCAUGGCUGGAGUGGAAUCCAGGUUUACCUGUAAAGGGAAGAGGGUGCUGCAGUUUAUGGGGACCAGCACCUUCUCUGAGUACACUGUGAUCAAUCAGACAGCUGUGGCUAAGAUUGAUCCUGCUGCUCCUCUGGACAAAGUCUGUCUUCUUGGAUGUGGGAUCUGCACUGGAUAUGGGGCAGCUGUUAAUACUGCUAAGGUUGAAUCAGGCUCCACCUGUGCCGUGUUUGGUCUGGGAGCUGUGGGUUUGGCUGCAGUCAUGGGCUGCAAGGCUGCAGGAGCCAAAAGGAUUAUUGCUGUUGACGUCAAUCCAGACAAGUUCGAGAACGCCAAAGUAUUUGGAGCCACCGACUUUGUGAACCCCAAAGAUCAUGAUAAACCUAUCCAUGAAGUGCUCACUAAGAUGACCAGUGGAGGCGUGGACUACUCCUUGGAAUGUGUUGGGAAUGUGCAAGUCAUGCGCAGUGCCCUGGAGUCUUCUGCGCAAGGUUGGGGUGUCAGUGUGAUUGUUGGAUGGACAGACUUGCAUGACAUAGUUAUUCGACCGGUUCACCUCAUCUCUGGACGUACGUGGAAGGGCUCCAUGUUUGGAGGAUUUAAGAGUAAGGACGGCGUCUCCAAGAUGGUUAAAGACUACCUGGACAAGAAGUUGAAAGUGGACGAGUUUAUUAGUCAUAACAUGACUUUGGAUCAAGCCAAUGAUGCCAUUGAACUCAUGAAGAACUGCAAAUGCAUCCGGGCGGUCAUGAGUGUUUCUCCACCAUAAGACCACUGUGCUGCUUCCAGCAACAAUAAAUCCAGUAGUGUAUCACUACAAUCAGUUUAAAUAGUUCAGUGAAUUCCUCUGUGGACGUUCAUAUGAAUUCAUAUAAGCAAAAAAUAAAAAUGCAACUGUGUUUAUGGAUAAAUAAAAAUGGCAUGAAACAGAUUAGUCUGUGAGACUCCUGAUUUGUUUUCUUGUUUUAUUGGUUUUUAUGUCAUUAAAGUCUGUAUGAUGUGUGUCUAGCUAAGAUUUACAGAGCGCAGCCUAAUAAUAUAAAUGUUUGCUUUACUUGGCAGGCUGUGUUGUAAUUAUUCUGCUAGGAUUGAUGCCACAAUUUGUCCCUUAGCAGUCCUUCUGCUGGUUUCUUGUAGAAUUUGUGAUAAGAGAGAGGAUACUGCAGCAAUUUCUGUCGAUUCAAGUGACAAAGCCAGCCAUGCUUACCUCUAUGACUUGGCUCAUACAAGAACGACAGGGUAGACCUUUAUGCCAAGCAACAAUGAAAGCUUAAAUGAAUGAAUAAAGUCACUGUGUCUGCUCAACACCA